AGUGUCUUUGGUGAAGCAGUGAAUCUCGGUUUAGCUCUCCUUGAACACUUAGUGAAAUUAAUCCGACAGACCAAGUUAAGUUAGAGCACAAAUUGAAAAAUAUCACCUACAUGAAACAUACGUAUCCGGAAAGAUUUACGGAUUUUCAGAAGUGGGAUUCAGUGAGAGAUUCGUCUUAUGAGAUCGCCGUGAUUUUAUUAUUUUUUCAAAUUGUCUGUGAUAAAUUUUUCUUUGUUGUCGGGAAUGUUCGGACGAAAUAGGUAGCGAUAGCAGGAAUAGCAAUCCCGUUAUAAUCGGGAGCAGUGAUUAAUAUGUCCAUUUUGGAUCAAUCCAGGACUUUAGCGCACAUCCAGGGCUUACCACCCGUUACGCAAUCCAUGAUGCCACCUCAUUCCAUGGACGGACCUCCAAAUUCAGACGUUCUUCUAGCCUUAUUAGCAAGAAAUAAAGCGCUUGAAGCGACGAUACCGAAAUGCGGCGGUUGUCACGAACUAAUUUUGGACAGAUUCAUACUGAAAGUUGCUGAUAGAACAUGGCACGCGAAAUGUCUUCUAUGCACCGAAUGUAGGGUACAAUUAACGGACAAAUGUUUUGCUAGGAACGGACAAUUAUUCUGCAAGGAAGAUUUUUUCAAACGAUUCGGCACGAAGUGUGCGAGCUGUGAGCUGGGGAUCCCGCCGACGCAGGUCGUCAGAAGGGCGCAAGACAACGUCUAUCAUCUACAAUGUUUCGCGUGCAUCAUGUGUGCGAGGCAGCUCAACACCGGAGACGAGUUUUAUCUCAUGGAGGACAGGAAGUUGGUGUGCAAACCCGACUACGAAGCAGCGAAAAACAAAGCUGCAGAAUGUUUAGACGGAGAUCAACCGAACAAAAGGCCUCGAACGACAAUAACAGCAAAACAAUUAGAAACAUUGAAGACGGCGUACAAUAAUAGUCCGAAACCUGCCAGACAUGUUAGGGAGCAACUUAGUCAAGAUACGGGGUUAGAUAUGAGGGUAGUUCAAGUUUGGUUUCAAAAUAGAAGGGCGAAAGAGAAAAGGUUGAAAAAGGAUGCGGGAAGGACGAGGUGGAGUCAAUAUUUUAGAUCAAUGAAAGGAGGUUCCUCACCUAGACACGAUAAAUUAUUAGAUAAAGACGAAAUGAAAGUUGAUCUAGAUAGUUUUAGUCAUCAUGAUCUAAGUGACGAUAGCUACGGUACUGUUGUAAAUAUGGGAAUAGAUCAAGACGUAUCUUCACCACAUAGUGGAAUAGGAAGACCUUCAUUCCUCCACGGGGCAACCUCUCCUUCAUAUCUACCUGGACAUGCUUCUCCUCACGGCCACGAUCACUUUUCUUCAUAUCCAGAUCAACUCUCAGUGUACGCCAGCUUAGGUCAAGGCGCACAUACAGGUUUGUCGUUAACUCACAACAUCCCUACAGGAGCAGACACUGAUAUCAGCAACGAUAGUAGUCCGCGUGGAUACCCCGACUUUCCCCCCAGUCCUGAUUCUUGGCUAGGCGAACCGUCCAGCGCACACUACUGACCCCCCUCCGCCAUAAUGAAUCAUUUACCGUUAACGAUACCAAAGAAACAGUUACCGAAGCCGCAAAAGACACAAAAAGAUUAUGGAUCGAAAUCACAGAGGCUCCCGAGGGAUGGUUACCAAAUGUCAGUGUUACUAAAAGUGUGGAAGAAGUUUGUGAAAUUCUGUUCCAAUGUUGAGUUGCACAAUUAUCGGUCAAUUUCAAAAAAAUAUUGUAUAAAGUUAUGGGGGUGAGAUGUAUUGAAAUUGGCUGUGACCAAAAAUUUAUGUCUUUUUUUUUAUUGUAAACGAAGCCUUAUCUAGGUUUUACUAGAUUAUUUUUCUCGUAAUUGAGGGAAAAUACAAGGAAAAAGAGAAUUAUAAAUAAAAGAUUAAAUAUAUUGAAAGAAAGUUGAGAAUAUAAUUUUGAACGUGUCAAUGGGAAAAUUGUGGAAAGAAUCAUAUGAAAAUCCUCAGGAAAAAUACUGUUGGUUCAAGAAAAAAAACGAGAAAACUGCUAAAAAACUAGUUCUUGUUUCUGUAUAUUUGUCAUUAUUGUUUUCUUUGGUCAACAUCUGAAAAAAACUCAAUACAGAAAGAUUUUUCUAUAUAUAUAUUGUUAUAAUAUACUCCGUACAAACGGCCAAAAAUUGUCGUUUUCCCACAAUCGAAAAAAUAUAUAUUGUACAGUAGGUAGUACCUACAUUCUAGUCAAUGAAAAAAAAAAUUGAUCUGUGUCUGUUUUAAUAUUCUAGUCGUCAAAAUAUUCAAUUUUAUUUAUUGUUUAUAUAAUGUCUAUCGAUAAAUAUAAGAAAAUAUGUGAAAA